AUGGAGCAUAACGGCAACGCCCCAUCAAACCCCGCCUUAGAUAUAAAUCCUCUUACCCUCUUCGAUAUAGCAAAACAAGAAGGAAGACCUCUAUAUACCUGUGCGCCUAUGGUACGGUAUAGUAAGCUUGCAUUUCGAGAAACUGUUGCGCAGUAUGGUGUUGAUCUUUGUUGGACUCCUAUGAUUUUGGCAAAAGAGUUUAAUCGUAGUGUGUUUGCACGUGAUUCUGAUUUCACCACCUCCCCAACAAGCACUCCCACAAUCGCCCAAUUUGGCGUGUGUUCCCCCCUCGAAAUCUCCCGCUCAACCACCCUCAUCGCCCCCUAUAUAAACGGCAUCGACAUAAACUGCGGGUGUCCCCAAUCAUGGGCCUGCGCCUGUUCCAUCGGCGCAGCACUAAUGCACAAACGUGAACUUGUCGCUGAAAUGGUUAAAGAGGCGAAAAGUGCUUUAAAGCGAGAGGGGUAUGAGGGCAAAAAAACUGUUAGUGUGAAGAUUAGGAUUCAUCGGGAUUUGAGGGAUACUGUAGAUUUUAUCAAAACAGUCCAGGAUGCCGGGGUGGAUUUUAUUACUAUUCAUGGACGUAUGCGUUCGACUCCUUCCUCUCAUCCAGUUAAUCUCGAGGCUAUAAAGCUUUUAAAUACGCAUACCACAGUUCCUACUGUAUCCAACGGCGACAUAACCAGCCUCCGCUCUGCCCACGAACACACGCAACAAACCUCCGUGUCGGGCGUAAUGUCCGCCCGCGGACUCCUCUCCAACCCCGCUCUCUUCGCCGGCUACGUCUCCACCCCCUGGGAAUGUGUUGAUGUAUUUCUGAAUUGUGUUGUUAGGCAGCCGAUUCCUUUUAAACUUGUUGUGCAUCAUUUGAGUGAGAUGUGUGGGAGUGUUGGUGACGGGGGAAAUGCGGGAAAAUCUUUAUUGAAUAAAGAAGAAAGAAUGAGAUUGAUGGAGUGUAGGGAUAUGAUUGAGGUGAUUGAUUUUAUGGAUGGGGUUAGGAGCGGUGUUGGUGGGGUGGGGAGAUUGUAA